AUGGCAGCUGCAGCUCCUCAAGCCAUGAUACUUCGCUUUGUUGAUGCUGACCAUACAAGGAAGAUAAACCUCAGCUCCCGUCCAGCAUCUGUUGAUGACUUGAUAAACAUUUUGAAGGCUGAGUUUGACGACGACUUCCACUUGCAGUAUGAAGACACAGACUUUGAUGGACAACUUACCUGCUUGAUGGACAUUGAGGAGUUGCCACAAAAGAUAACACUACACCUUUUAGUGGAAGGAGGAGAUACAAGUUCUACAGCUGACACAGAAAUACUUUCAGAUGUGUCUUCCGCAGAGCGCCUCAGUAGGUGGCCGCUAGAUGUUUUUCCCGUGCCUACUUUUGCAUUAGAGGUAGAGUUGAAGCUUAGAGAAGGAAAUGCUGCCUUUGAAAGGAAUGGAAAAUAUAUUCAGUUGUCUAGAGACCAAAAAUAUUACAUUUGAGAGAAAGUUGCUACUACUGUGUACAGUUUCAAAGCUUACCCAAAUGACCGAGAGAUAGGAAAGGCAGCUGAAGCACUUGUUAUGAAACACCCCUGUCUGAAAGAGGCAGGAUCUGACACUGGGUGUAAUGGAUGGAGGAACAGCAUAACAUUCAAGAUGGGUAACUACAGAACCAAGUUGAGGAGAGCAGGAUGUCAGGAGGUCUCCGUAAACGCAGGAAUAACAAUAAGAAGCAAUCCAGAAAAUGAACCACUGCACUCAAACAUAAAGAGACCUAAGCGGGCUGAUGUUAACUUUCUGCCAAACUUCCCCCUUGGAGAGGACUCUGAGUCUUGAAACGCUGAGGCAGGAAAGGGUCCAAGAAGUUCAGAAGACUGAAAGGAACUUACCCCUGAUCGAUAGGAAGAUGCAGACCACAUUCGCCCUGCGGCGCCAGGGUAUAGUCACCGACACUCCACCAGUAAAGGACUUCCUUGAUCUCUGGCCUGCUCUGCGCAUGGAGUCAUAGGUAAAAUUGCAAUGCUGUUUUUACAGAAAUGUAUCCUGCUUUAUUAUAGUAGUUAUACUGAAUUAAAUUGUGAUACUGUGUUCCAAACUUGUGAUAACUUCUAAAUACUGUCCUUUGUUGUCUGUCUAUUCCAAAUGUAGGUGUAUGCAGAGUUCCAGAGAAUUACAAAACAGAACCUGCUAAACAUCUUCUAUGCUGAGAUUGACCGUCACACCCCUCGGUUGAUGACCUUGUAUACACAGAGGGCAUCGAAGACUGGAAGGACUGCUGAUUUGCAUUAG